AAGUGCCGCCUGUCCGUCCGCUGUUUGCUCUCAAGCGUCUUUAGCUACAGCCGACACUGAGUGCAAGCAUAAAAAAUAACUUGAAAAACCUGUUAGACGAGAUGGCAGCCCAUCGAAUCGGUAAGACGCAAGAAGAUGAUGUCCAUUCAUCAGAAAUGGAAACGUCUCGGGAACAUGGGGUUGGCCUCCAGAAGAGACAAGCUCGGGUGACCGUGAAAUAUAACAGAAAAGAACUUCAGAAGCGGAUAGACGUGGAAAAGUGGAUAGAUGAAUGCUUGGAUAAGCUGUACUUAGGAAAGGAACACGAGACGCCCGAUGAGAUCAACAUAGAUGAGCUGCUUGACCUGUCCACCGAUGAGGAACGAGCAAAAAGAUUGCAGGAGAUCCUUCAGACCUGCAGCAACAACACAGAGGCGUUCAUCCGCGACCUGUUGGGGAUGCUGGAGGGCCUCCACAAGCAGGAGGAGCUCCAGAGCGAAGGCAUCGAGCACCCCGCGCCCUACUGCCACGGUCACCCCCGUCACGAGCCCUACCACUUCAACAGCCCCCACCACUGCAGCCAGCACCACCCUGCCAUCUGAGCUCUCCCCCCAUCCCCCCCCCCCCCCCCCCCCGCCCCCUGUCUCACACGCAGUCUGGCCGUGAUGAAGGACCAUGGGAUAGCAGACAUGGAAGGGAAGAAAAAAUCUCCAAAGCGCUUGAUGCUAAGACCACCGCCUGAAAAGGGUGGCACUCUGUAUCCAGACCAGCGUAUCGUUUGUGGUUAAAUACCCACGUGAUCCACUCGGUCACGCUGUUACCUCUGCUCCCUGUCCUGACGACGCCUCCCUCAACAAACGCCUGAACACUGACAGCCGCGGCACGAUGGAUACACCCAAUCAGGUCACUGGAAUUUUUGGAGUCAUCUAAACAUGAUAUAACUUUAGAGUUUCGUCGGCCAUUAAUUGUACCAUGGUAGGACUGUGAAUGAAGGACUAUGGACAGGAUAGUUCCCAUUUUGUGAAUGGCGUAACACUGAAAGUAUCCACAUUACACAGCUACGUUUUAACUAGAUUUGUUUUCAUCCUUAGUCCAUUGCUUUCAAUCUUAAGAAAUGGAUGUGUCACUAUGUUCUGCAGAAUAAUAUCUGGUAAAACUGAUUCUCUAAUGCCUACAGUGUUUUGUAUUUCUGGCUCAUUGUUGUAACACGUUUGAGUGAUCUCCAUUCAUUUAUCUUAUUCAAUUGGAAAUGAAGACAAAUAAAAUAUAUGUCAAUCACA